AUGGCUGUACCGCGCGUGCUUCUUCUCCUCUUCUUCACUCACUUGCCUCAAGCGCUGUCCGUUCAAAUGUGUGACGUGAUGAACGAGAUCGAGCUGGAGGAGCAGCGCUGCAGGAACACCACCUCCGCCAACGUCACGUCAGGCUGCCAAGGCACGUGGGACAUCAUCGCCUGUUGGCCCUCCGCCAGCCUCGGGGAAGUGGUCACGAUCACCUGCCCCACAUACUUCAGCUACUUCAGUGACCAGCACAAAGGUAACCUCUCCAAGACAUGCACCGUGGACGGGUGGACAGACAUGCAUCCUAUUGACAUCGCCCUGAACUGCGGCUACAACCUGAACAGCACCAGCGACGACGGAAAGUUUUUUUGGCAAGUGAAGAUUGGUUACACUGUGGGCCAUAGUGUUUCUCUCAUCUCUUUGACUACGGCCAUUGUAAUCCUCUGCGUCUUCAGGAAACUCCACUGCACCAGGAACUUCAUCCACAUGCACCUGUUUGUGUCGUUCAUUCUGAAAGCCAUCGCCGUUUUCAUCAAAGACGUGGUGCUCUACGAGGUCGGAGAGGUGGACAACUGCUCCUCUGGAUCCGUGGGCUGUAAGGCUGUGAUGGUAUUCUUUCAGUAUUGUAUAAUGGCCAGUUUCUUCUGGUUGCUGGUGGAGGGUCUGUAUCUCCAUGCACUGUUGGCGGUGUCUUUCUUCUCUGAAAGGAAGUACUUCUGGGCGUACAUCCUCAUCGGCUGGGGAGGCCCCAUCAUUUUCAUCACAGCUUGGAGCAUUGCAAAAGCCUAUUAUAACGACGUGGGGUGCUGGGAUAUUAUUGAAAAUACUGACGUGUUCUGGUGGAUCAUUAAAACGCCUAUUUUGGCCUCAAUCUUGAUUAACUUUUCCCUCUUCAUUUGCAUCAUUCGAAUACUCCGUCAGAAGAUUAACUGUCCAGAUAUUGGGAGGAAAGAGUCCAACCAGUACCUGAGACUGGCCAAAUCCACGCUGCUGCUGAUUCCUCUGUUUGGGAUCAAUUUCAUCAUUUUUGCAUUCAUUCCUGAGCAAGUAAAGACGGAGCUGCGACUAGUUUUUGAUCUCAUCUUGGGGUCUUUUCAGGGCUUUGUGGUGGCGGUGCUCUACUGCUUCCUCAACGGAGAGGUUCAGGCUGAAAUCAAGAGAAAGUGGAGGAGGUGGCACUUGCAGCGAUACAUGAGCCACGACACCAAGUACCAGCACCCGUCCAUCGGCAGCAGCAACAACUUCAGCACCCAGAUCACCAUGCUGACCCGCUGCAGCCCAAAAGCCCGGCGCAACUCCUCCUCCUGCCACGACGACCUCUCCAGCAUCUGA